AUGGCCAUCCAACCACCAGGAAGUAAUACAAAAGCAAACAAAAAGGGCGCAAAAAAGAAUCUAAAAAUAGAUACAUUUUCUAAAAAAGAAUGGUAUAAUCUUAAGGCUCCCGCUAUAUUUCCUAACAAUGUCUGUGGUAAGACUAUGGUUACUAAAAGCAGUAAUAAACAAAAUUUGGCUCUUCUUUUAAUAGGCAGGAAAUUUGACAUCAAUCAAGCGGAUCUUACUGGUAAUUUAGAAGAGCAUGCAAGAAAGUUCUCUUUUAGAGUUAAUGAAGUGCGCGGUAAAGAUUGUAUUGGUGUUUUUGAUGGUAUGCACAUGACUAGUGAUAAAGUUAAGGGAAUAAUUCGUAAGUGGCACACUCUUAUUGAGGCAGAAAAAGAUAUUGUAGCCAAAGAUGGUACUAUUUUAAGGGUGUUUGUUAACGCUGUUACUAAGAAAACACCCACUUGUACUUCUAAAAGGGUUUAUUGUAAAACCAGUGAAGAAAAGAAAAUAAGAAAAGUUAUGUUUGAUGUUAUUGAAGAAGAGCUAAAAGGCGAGGAUUUAAAUAAAAUUAUGAAGAAAUUGGCGGCAGAAGUUAUCGGUAAAAGUGUUGAGAAAAAAGGCAGUCUUAUUUAUCCAUUGCAGAAUUGUUGCGUAAUAAAAGUUAAAACGGUUAAAAGAGGUAAAGAUACCAGUAAUGCUAUGGAAAUAGAAGCUAAUUAA